AUGGCCUCCGCUCGUGUCUUCACCUCUCGUCUGGCCUCCCAGAUGGCCCAGGCUACCAAGCCUGCUGCCCGUGUCCAGCUCAACGCUCUCCCCAAGCGUACCUUCACCACCGGUCUCCGCACCCAGAAGGCCACCGUUCCCUUCCAGACCAUGAAGCGUCAGACUCCCUCCAACCUCAUCCAGGCCAACGCCCGCCAGGUCUUCGCCAACGUUCAGGCCCGCCGCCAGUACUCCUCCGAGGUCGCCUCCGCCAUGGUUGAGGUCUCCAAGAACCUGGGUAUGGGUUCCGCCGCCAUCGGUCUCGGUGGUGCCGGUAUCGGUAUCGGUCUCGUCUUCGCUGCCCUCCUCAUGAGUGUCUCCCGCAACCCUGCUCUCCGUGGCCAGCUCUUCUCCUACGCCAUUCUCGGUUUCGCCUUCGUCGAAGCCAUGGGUCUGUUCGACCUCAUGGUUGCCAUGAUGUGCAAGUACGUUUAA